UUUGGAGUUGACGACGUGCGCGUUACAAACUUGGCUAACAGCUAAAAGCGAACAGAAGUUUUUCAAAACGAACCAACGAAAAAGACGGAAAUGAAGUUGGCUAAGAAGUGCUCCACCUAUCUGCUGAUAUGCCUGGUUCUGCUGGCCUGCUGCCUGCAGGAAUCGGAGGCCACGCGGCGCGUGAACCGCGGUCGUCGCACCCUCACUCGCAGAUACUUCACUGGCUUGGCCAUUCCCGGCUGGGCACUGGUCGUCUGCAUCGCCUUGGCUGAGCUCCUGAUUGGCGGAGCCCUCUACUUCAUCCUGAAGAAGGUGAUCCUGGAUCAGGAGCCCGAUGAGACGGCGGCCACUUCCUACACUCCUGCGAAGACCCACGACCCCACGGCCACAACUUAUCCUGCGGCUCAAACACAUGAGCCGGCAAGCACUUACACUCCCGCCCAAACUCAUGAGACGGCCAAUGUGACUCCCACGCCCACACACGCCACUGCAAUUGUUUGAGGAGGAGCGUUUUAGCCGGAAGUGACCACCUCUAGUUCACAGCCCAGUUCAAAUUCCCCUUAAAACUAGCUCUAUUGCCAUUUGAUUAAUUCACACUUAAGACAUGUAAUUCGAGCGCCCUUUGUUUGCCUUCAUUUUCGAAUAAAAUCAUUUGCCACUAAUCCGGCGCCAACUA